AUGGAAGCCUUCUCAGGCAAAGCCCACCUCUGCGUCCUCACCUUCCUUUCCCUCCUCCUCCUCAUCCAUGCAAGGCUCAAUCUCGACCCUUCAGAUCUCCAAGCCCUCUCCAUCAUCCGAAAAAACUUGGGCUUCCAAAUAAGUCAACCUCAAACAACACCAUGCAACACCCCUGGUGUUUUCUGUGAGCGAAGGCUCUCAAACAACAACACUUACGUCCUCAAAAUCACCAGGCUGGUCUUUCAAUCCCAGCGGCUUCACGGGUUUCUGCCUCCGGCAAUUGGGCGGCUCUCCGAGCUCAAAGAGAUCUCUCUUGCAGACAACAGCCUCGUUGACCAAAUCCCGUCUCAAAUCGCUGACUGCCGGAAACUUGAGAUUCUCAACCUCGGAAACAACCAGUUCUCCGGGGAAGUUCCAGCCCAGUUGUCCAAGCUCGUUCGCCUUCGAAUCCUCGACCUCUCGUCCAACAAGUUUUCCGGGAACUUGAGCUUCCUCAAGCUUUUUCCCAACCUGGAAAAACUUUCCAUUGCUGACAAUUUCUUCUCCGGGAAAAUCCCAGCUUCCAUUCGUUCCUUUCGCAAUCUUCGGUUCUUCAACUUUGCUGGAAAUGAACUCCUUGAAGGCUCAGUGCCUACAAUGAAAAGGGUCGAGAUUUCAGCAUCUGAUGUGCCAAAACGUUACAUCUUGGCUGAGAAUUCGAGCACAAAAGGCCACAAUAAUACUUCAGGUCCAGCUCUUGCACCCUAUUCUAAUGCUCCAGGUCCAUCUCCAACACCAAAUCACAAGCAUAAGAAGGACAAGAAGAAGAAGCUAGGAGGGUGGCUGCUCGGAUUUUUCGCUGGAGCUCUGGCUGGGAGCAUAUCCGGGUUCAUCUUCUCUCUGCUUUUUAAGCUGCUCUUAGCUGUGGUGAGAGGUGGAGGCAAAGACUCAGGCCCAGCAAUUUUCAGUUCUCUGAUUAAAAGGAAGGAGGACUUGGCUUUCCUGGAAAAAGAAGAUGGGUUGGCUUCUCUGGAACUUAUUGGAAGAGGUGGAUGUGGAGAGGUUUAUAAAGCUGAAUUACCAGGAAGCAAUGGCAGAAUGAUUGCUAUAAAGAAGAUUAUUCAACCCCCUAAAGAUGCUGAAGAGCUGACUGCUGAUGAAGACAGUAAGCUUAUGAACAAGAAAAUGCGCCAAAUCCGAUCAGAAAUCAACACUGUGGGUCAAAUUAGGCACCGAAAUCUUCUUCCUCUGUUGGCUCAUGUGUCUCGACCGGAUUGUCAUUACCUGAUCUAUGAGUUCAUGAAGAAUGGAAGCUUGCAAGACAUGUUGAAUCAAGUGUCGGAGGGAACAAGAGAGUUGGAUUGGCUUACUAGGCACAAGAUUGCACUGGGAGUGGCUGCAGGGCUUGAAUACCUUCACAUGAACCACAAACCUCACAUCAUUCACAGAGAUCUCAAGCCAGCAAAUGUCCUGCUUGACGAUGAUAUGGAAGCUCGAAUUGCAGAUUUCGGGCUUGCAAAAGCAGUGCCGGAAUACCACACACAUAUCACAACUUCGAAUGUGGCGGGAACUGUUGGCUACAUUGCACCAGAAUACCAUCAAACACUCAAGUUCACAGACAGGUGCGAUAUAUACAGUUUCGGAGUGUUGUUGGCUGUUCUGGUGAUGGGAAGGCUUCCAUCUGAUGAGUUUUUCCAGAACACUAAUGAGAUGAGUUUGGUUAAGUGGCUGAAGAAUGUGAUGACUUCAGACGACCCUAAGCAGGCAAUUGACUCGAAAUUGUUGGGGAAUGGAUAUGAGGAGCAAAUGCUCUUGGUUCUCAAGAUUGCUUGCUUUUGCACUCUGGAUAACCCCAAGGAGAGGCCUAAUAGCAAGGACGUUAGGUGUAUGUUGUCUCAAAUCAAGCACUAA